CAAAUUGGCUACGAUUGAUGAGAAAGGCGGCUAUGUUAAGCUUAAUUUUAUAGAGGGGGAAGUGAAAGAAGGAGCGGAAAGUUGGGGUGUGAGAAUAAUUCUUUUCUUGAGAUGGCAACACUGUUGUGAGAGAUUGUGAAUUCUGUUUCUUCGCAAAGAGUGAAGAGUAUAAGAACCAGAAGUUGAAGUUGUCCUUUUCCCAUUUUUGAGCUCUUUUCUCAACUCCAAUCCAUUUCUUCCGAAGUUCCAUCUCCAAUUUCAUGAACUUCAAGCCUUCAGGAGCUUUGGAUUUUUGCUGUAAUGAAAGGGGAAUUUUAAGAUGCUGAUGAUGGUUUGUAGAGUUCAUCUCCAGCUGGGAUUGUUUAGAGGGGUUUGAUAUCCUCAAUAGGUGGUGGUUAGGUAAUCAAUUUGUUCAGUUUUCUUGGAGCAAUGAAGGUGUUUUGGAUUAGGAGUGGCCAUUGGGUCAGAACCAUAGCUUUGAUCUUUGCAUUGUUCUUUGAGAUAUGGAUGCCUUUGGGAGUGAUUGGUAUUGGUGUCUCUCAAAACACAAACGUUUCUUCUUUGAAUCCGAGGGUGUUGAAAGUUGGAGUUCUGUUCACUCUUGAUUCAGUCAUUGGAAGGUCGGCACAGCCUGCGAUUUUAGCUGCCGUGGACGAUGUCAAUGCCGAUAACAGUGUUCUUCCUGGAACAAAGCUGAAGUUGAUCUUACACGACACGAACUGCAGUGGAUUUCUUGGAACAGUGGAAGCCAUGCAGAUGAUGGAAGAUGAAGUAGUUGCUGCUAUUGGGCCACAAUCUUCAGGCAUUGCUCAUGUCAUUUCCCAUGUUAUUAAUGAACUCCAUAUACCUCUUCUAUCAUUUGGAGCUACUGAUCCCACUUUAUCUGCACUGCAAUACCCGUAUUUCGUUCGGACGACUCAGAGUGAUCACUUCCAGAUGAACGCCAUUGCUGAUAUGGUAGAUUAUUUUGGAUGGAGAGAGGUCAUUGCCAUCUUUGUAGAUGAUGAUAAUGGCAGGAGCGGGAUAUCGGCAUUGAGUGACGCCUUGGCAAAGAAACGAGCCAGGAUCUCUUAUAAGGCUGCUUUCUCUCCUGGAUCCCCCAAUAGCGUAAUAAGUGAAUUGUUGGUUUCGAUAAACCUGAUGGAAUCUCGGGUGUAUAUCGUACAUGUCAAUCCCGACACUGGUUUAUCAGUAUUUUCAUUAGCUAAGAAACUUCAGAUGAUGAGCAGUGGCUAUGUCUGGAUUGCAACAGAUUGGCUUCCUUCUUUUCUUGAUUCUUUUGAAACAAAUAUUCCUGAUAUCAUGAAUCAGUUACAGGGCGUUGUAGCUCUUCGUCACCACACCCCGGACAGCGAUCUGAAGAAAAUUUUUGUCUCUAAAUGGAAAGGACUAAAGUAUAAGAAGAGUUCAAGCUUCAACUCUUAUGCACUCUACGCAUACGACUCUGUUUGGUUAGCAGCCCGUGCUCUCGACACGUUUCUUAAAGAAGGUGGACAUAUAUACUUUUCUACUGACCCCAAGCUACGUGAAAACAAUGGAAGCAUACUGCACUUAAAAUCACUUCGAGUUUUUAAUGGCGGCGAACAACUCUUACAGACAAUCAAGAGAACGAACUUCACCGGUGUAAGUGGACGAAUUCAGUUUGGUGAUGACAGAAAUUUGAUUCAUCCAGCUUAUGAUAUCCUUAACAUUGGGGGUACUGGUAUACGUAGAAUCGGUUACUGGUCGAAUUAUUCGGGUUUAUCAACUAUUGCACCAGAGAAUCUGUAUACAAAGCCUCUUAAUGCUUCCCGAAAUAACCAUCUAUACAGUGUAAUAUGGCCGGGUGAAGUAACGAGCGUUCCUCGAGGAUGGGUGUUCCCGCAUAACGGGAAACCAUUGCAAAUUGUAGUACCUAACCGUGUGAGCUACAAAGCAUUUGUAUCUAAAGACAAGAACCCUCCAGGGGUUAAAGGGUAUUGUAUAGAUGUCUUUGAAGCUGCCUUAAACUUGUUGCCUUAUCCAGUUCCUCGCACAUAUAUAUUAUAUGGAGAUGGAAAAGACACUCCUGAGUACAGCAAUCUUGUAUAUGAAGUUUCACAGAAUAAAUAUGAUGCAGCUGUUGGAGAUAUUACGAUUGUAACAAAUAGGACGAAGAUUGUGGACUUCACACAGCCAUUUAUGGAGUCGGGACUCGUUGUCGUUACUGUCGUCAACGAGGAGAAAUCCAGUCCGUGGGCUUUCCUCAGGCCGUUUACUGUUCAAAUGUGGGCUGUCACUGCCAUAUUCUUCAUUUUUGUUGGAGCUGUUGUCUGGAUUCUUGAGCACCGGACCAAUGAAGAAUUCCGUGGUCCGCCAAGGCAACAACUCAUUACAAUCUUCUGGUUUAGUUUCUCGACAAUGUUCUUUUCUCACAAGGAAAACACCGUAAGCACCCUCGGACGGCUGGUGCUGAUAAUAUGGCUCUUCGUCGUGUUAAUUAUCAAUUCGAGCUACACAGCUAGUUUGACGUCGAUCUUAACGGUGCAGCAGCUAACAUCAAAGAUCGAAGGGAUUGAUAGCUUAAUCUCUGGCACAGAUGCCAUUGGAGUGCAAGAAGGGUCAUUUGCAUUGAAUUAUCUAAUUAAUGAGCUGAGUAUAGCAGCUUCUAGGAUCAUUAAACUGAAAAAUCAGGAGGAAUAUGCCGAUGCUCUUCGGCGUGGACCAGGGAAUGGCGGGGUAGCUGCCAUCGUUGAUGAGCUUCCUUACGUCGAGCUUUUCUUGGCCGGGACGAACUGCAUAUUCAGGACAGUUGGACAGGAGUUCACCAAAAGUGGAUGGGGAUUUGCAUUCCAAAGAGACUCUCCUCUUGCAGUUGAUUUAUCAACAGCCAUUCUUCAACUCUCGGAGAACGGCGAUCUUCAAAAGAUCCACGACAAAUGGCUGUCACGAACCGAGUGUUCAAUGAGCUUGAACCAAGUNGACGUAAACCAACUAUCACUAAGUAGCUUUUGGGGAUUGUUCCUAAUUUGUGGUAUUGCCUGCUUUAUUGCUCUUUCCAUAUUCUUCUUUCGAGUACUAUUCCAAUACCGAAGAUUUACCCCCGAAACCCAGCCUGAAGUCGAGGAUAUCGAACCUGUCAGGACGAGACGCCUUAGUCGUACUACCAGCUUCAUGCACUUUGUAGAUAAAAAAGAAGCAGAAAUCAAAGGCAAGCUUAAAAGAAAAGUCAGUGAGAACAAACAAGCUAGCCAGAGCUCAGAGGCCCACCUUGAUUCACCACCUUGAUAUAUAUAUAUAUAUAUAUAUAUAGUAUUUGAGAAUG